UUCAUUCGUAUUCGUAUGUUACAAACAGAAAUAUUUUUCAUGAUUAUUGUUUCAAAACAUUUGAUAUGAGUUUUAUCAAUACACCCACGCUAAUGCUACAUAUUAUCUUUAAUUUUUAAUUUCCUCUUAAUGAGAUAAAUGUUAGCUGAAGCAUAAUAAAAGCGGUUGCAUUAAAUCAUAGCGAACGGAAACAAUCUGAACAAUACUUCUAUUUAAUUUUACCGAUUUUAUGUUGGUUGAAUUAAUUUUUGUGCCCUAUAAUGUGUGUUACUAAUACUGUACAAUUACUUGCCAUAUUUAUUAUUGCGAAUAUAAGAAUAUCAUCUUCGCAAUUUAACAAACAUUGGAAUGAUAAGUAUGAAAAUAUGUGUCCAAAACUUUAUCCUAAAUAUUUUGAUAAUUACGCACCGGCUGGAAAUCUCACAGCUGGAAAUUUCUCAGAAAAGAAGGAAUUAAAAGGUGUAAAGCAAUGUGUGAUGUCAUGUUGCCUUGCCGAUUCAUGCAAUAUUGCCUUUAUUGUGGAUUCUAAAUGCUACCAUAUAGAAUGUGUUAGUGAUGAACUCUGCUUACCCCUGACAAGAACUGGGCCACAUAAGUGGGAUUCACAUGUUGCUAUGAUAUUAGUUAAACCUGUUUUGCCCAAUGAAAACUGGCUAGAAAUUUUAGAUCAAUCUAAUAACAGAGAGGUAACUAACAACUUCUCCCAGGAAGAUGAAGUGUACCCACCUUUCACAGGCCGAUAUACUGACCUAUUGACAGAAGACGAGGAUUUUCUCUCUCGCUUUCUCAACAACUUACCCAAUAACGAAGAUGAGGGUACUCAAACAUUCAGCAAGUUUAGAGAGAAUUCUGAUAAUGAAAUGAUAAUGGAUGCAUCUAACUUUCUGGAAAAAGUACCCUGCGUCGUUGGAGUACCUGAUGACUGUCCUUUUAACUCUGAAUGUGUGUCACUCGGAUUGAAGCUACGUAAUGGCAUAUGUAAAUGUAUAGCGGGCACAGAAGAGAAUGCCCAAGGUGCCUGUAUUCAAUCAACAAGACCUUACUCUAAAGCAGAGACGAUACCAAUAGAUACGAAAAAGGAUGACGAUUUGGUGGCUGGUGCAAAAUUCGGUGAUACUAAAUCGGACAUGCCAGUGCCAAGGCAAAAUUUAACUGUAUCAAUAUUAUCGAAACAGGUGCAACUUCCCGACAAUGAGGUUACUUUGGCAGCAUAUACAAUACCCGAUGAAAAGGCAACAGGCAGUCAUUACAACUAUGUUUGGACACUUGUAGAUCAACCUAAGGAUGGUUUCACUGGUAACAUGAAUCAAAAUGGACCAUCUGUUACAUUAACAGACUUAACCGAGGGUCAGUAUAGGUUCAAGGUGACUGUUAAUGGUACAAAUUCAUAUGGUGAAGGAUUUGCUAAUGUGACAGUUUUGCCACCGAAGCGUACAAACACUCCACCAUUGGUGGUGAUAACACCACAAGUACAAACAGUGAAACUGCCCAAUUCCGUUGCUGUACUAGACGGCAGUGCCAGUAAGUCUAAAUACACUAUUCACUUAUUGAAAUGUUUACAGUUAACAAACAUUGAAUCUGGUAGAUACGUGUUUGAGCUAACAGUGACAGACGACCAAGGGGAGUCUGACAGGGACGCGGUUAGCGUACAAGUCAAACCCGACCCCUUGGAGAUGAAUCUACUUGAGAUGACGCUACACACGCCCGUGUCUGCCUUCACCAAGAGUCAACUCGAUGGUCUCGUGCAGAAGAUCACCUUACUUCUUAAAGAUGAUAUCAAAGUUAAUGUCACCGAAAUACGAGGAGAAGUCGACUCUGGAAAUACGCAAAUUAUAUUCUUUUUAUCGGAAAAGGAGGUGGCAGUGGAGGGUAUCCGCGCUCUGGGGCUGCUGCGGGGCAGCGGGGUGGGGGCCAGCGCGGGCGUGGCGCGCGUGCGCUCGCUGCGCUGUCUGAGCACGUGCUCGGGCCGCGGCGUGUGCGACCGCGCCACUCGCACCUGCCGCUGCGACGCCUUCUGGAUGCAGAGCCUCUUCACACAGCUCGACCCUGAUGCGAUGCCCGACUGCGAUUGGUCAGUGGUGUACGCGAGCCUGGGCGGGGUGGGUGUGCUGUGCGCGGUGGGCGGGGCGUGCGGCGCGCUCGCUCGGCUGCUGCGCCGGCUGUGUGCGCCGCGCAAGCCACGCCCCCGCUCCCACUACCGUCUGCUGCCGCGCGCAGAAGAAGAUAAACCUUUUACAAGCAAAGAUAUGUCAGAAACGGAGACGGAAUCGGACGUGCUGUAUGAAUCGAAGACCAAAUCGACAUUGUUCUCGAGCCGCGCGACGAACGGUGAUGUCGUCGCCAACGGAUGGAAGAAGAACGGAGUCAAACCUUCCCGUAAGGUCAAAACAUAAUUAUAUUAUAUGUUUAUAUACAUUAAAUGAAGUUGUAACUGCGUAAAGCGCGUACGCGGUAAUCCGACUAAUGUCCGACAAAAUAAGUAAUCCGUCAAACUAAAGAACAUCCGAAGCCGAAGAAGAAGAAAUUAUGCAUUUAGAAAUUAUAAAAUUAUAAACAUUUAUUUU